CUCACGCACCAACUGCAAAAGUAUCAGUUGUUCAUUUUUACACUUCUCAGACACAUCUCAAGUUUUAAAUACUUUUUUAAAAUGUUUAUGAUUUUAGUAGUUGUAGCUUUAGCAGUUGCUACAGAAGCCACUUAUAUUGAUCAUGGUGAACAUUUGAACUCUCAUCUUGGAUACGGAUCUCUCUAUGACCAUGGUGGUAUCUCUCACGGAGCAUUUGUUGCUCCAGCUAUCCCCAAAGUCGCAUAUGGUCUCUAUCCCCACAGUUAUGAGAGUUACGGAACUUAUGGAUAUGGUCUAGAUCAUCAUGAUUCUUAUGCACCAGCUAAAUACUCAUACAAUUAUGGAGUCAACGACCCCCAUACUGGAGAUGUUAAAAGCCAUCAAGAAGUACGAGAAGGUGAUGUAGUUAAAGGAUCUUACAGCCUUAAUGAACCUGACGGCACAAUCAGAGUCGUUGAAUACACAGCCGACCCAAAAAAUGGCUUCAAUGCAGUCGUCAAAAAAAUUGGCCACGCUAUUCACCCUGAACCUGUUCCUGUAGUUAAAUAUGUUGCGCCACAUGUCUACCCGACACAUCAUGGACAUGAAUAUAUUAAAUACUAGUUCUAAUACCUGACAUAUUGCGUAUAAUACUCUACUUAUGUCAAUGACCGAAUAAAAUAAUUGGAUAAUUAUAAUUAA